CCGCCGGGCUCCGAAGUGGGCGCCGGUCCGGGUGCCAGUCCUCGCUCUCUGCUGUUGGACCCGGAGCCGUCUGGGAGCCCCUAAUUGUUGCUCCAGGUUCUUUCAGGUGUACGUGUCUGUUGUUCCCAGUGCUCUACUGGGCUAGAGAAAGAGGAGGAACCUGUCCAGAAUCCCCGCAGGACAGGAAAAGGAGGGGACACUCAACAUGGAAAAACUCUGCAGUGAAAAUGAAGGAAAGCCUGAGAACCAAGGCAAGAUGGAAAACAAAGAACAGCCACUGGAUGCGGGAAAGCCGGGAGUAGCUUGUACUGUGGAAGACAAGGAAAAGUUAGAAAACAAGGGAAGGACAGAUCUCAAGGGAAAGACAGAAGAUGAGGAAGUACUAAAGGAUAAGGAAAAGCCAGAGAGUGAGGCAAAGCCAAAAGAAGGAAAUCCAGAGACCCAAGCAAAGCCAGUGAGUGAGGGAAAACCAAAAGAAGGAAAACCAGAGAGUGAGGGAAAGCCAGUAAGUGAGGGAAAGCCAGUGAGCGAGGGAAAGCCAAAAGAAGAAAAGCCAGCCAGCGAACCAAGGGCUGCAGGAAAGCGCCCAGCUGGGGAUGAUGUACCCAGGAAGGCCAAAAGAAAAACCAACAAGGGGCUGGCUCAGUGUCUCAAGGAAUACAAGGAGGCCAUACACGAUAUGCAUUUGAGCAAUGAAGAGAUGAUAAGGGAAUUUGACGAGAUGGCCAGGGUGGAGGAUGAGGUGAAGAAAACCAGACAGAAACUGGGGGGGUUUAUGUGGAUGCAAAAAAGUUUACAGGACCCCUUCCACCCGAGGGGCCCAAGGGAACUCAGGGGUGGCUGCAGGGCCCCACAAAGGGGCUUUGAAGACAUUCCUUUUGUGUAGUGCCCCUGGCAGGCAUUUGCAAGGCCUUGUGCUUUAUUUAACCUUAUGCUAAUACUAUGCUUUAGGUGUUACUCUCUUUAUCCAACUGCAGCCCUGUGUGUUUCAGUAGCAGAUUUUCAUCCAUUGCAUGGAAAAAUGUUUAUGGUGCAUUGUAAAAUUUUUAAAAAACCAGUUUUCAGAACCAUAUGUACGGCAUCAGUCCAUUUUUGUAAAACUACAAAGAUACUUACUAGUGAUCCAUGUACAGAAAAAACUCGGAAAGCUGUGUCUACUAAAAGAUUAACAGUGGUUAUCUAU